UUUCAUAGCUACUAGCUUGAAAGCUAUGUCUAGCUUCAUAGCUACUUAUUUGUCCUGGCAUCUCCCUCGGGUUGUCCCAUUCUUUUGGAUGAGUAGGUUUUAACUGGGACAGGAGAGAAUUCUUUUUGAGUGGGGGAUGGGGGGGAAUGGGGAGAGCUGAAGGUGCUGCCAGCACCUGCAAGUCUCUGCCCAAGGGUCUUCUCUGGUCAUGGGAGCCUGCUCUGCACGCAUUCAGACCACGAGUGCCAAGGAGUUAGUACCCCACUGACCAAAGGCAGGACCGAGAACACAAGGAUCCAGCCUCUUUGCUUCCCCGGCAGCAUGGCAGGUGUAUUCCACGAGGCCUCCCAGAGCGCCUGGCGGGACUGAGGGCUCCCAGGUGACCGCAAAGGCAAUCUGCUCACUGAUGCAAUGGGGGCUGCCCCACCCCCCAUCGACUUGCUUUCUCGCCCACCUGCUGGCACAUCCUGAGGUCACCUGCCAACUAAAUACAUGCACGGGAAUCCCUGUCUUUGUGUCUGGGAAACCCAAUCCAAGAGAGCGUGUCAAGUGCGUGAUAGAAAGACACUUGAUAAAUUAGGGCAGAAAGUAUCUAUUGUGAUACGAUCUCUCCCCAGGAACAGGUCCGGCAGAAAGGGCACCCAAUAUAUAGUGCUGAAUGAGUCAAUAUGGACAUGUUUCCUUCUGCCACCCUGUCCUUUGGGCCCUCCCAUUCCCCCUCCUGCUCUCCUUUCUCCUAGCCCUGUGUUUUCUUUCCUGACCCUCCUUUUCUCCUCUUCUCCUCUCCUUUCUCCUCUCAUGGAGGAAGGAUGUUCUGUGUCCCAAAUCCCCCUCUGACUUCCCUGACAUCCCGCUCUGCAAAUGAGCCUUCUGGCAGGCAGCAUUGUGACAUCACCGUGCAUUGGCCAAUGGCUGUCUUCCUGGGCCGGGGCCUCCUGGGACCACCGCCCUCCAUUGAUAAGGAGAAGCCACCUUCUCCUGCAGAGCCCCUUAACCCUCAGGACAGCCGCUGGAGCAUGAAUCCCUCCUGAUUCCGCCAUCGGCCCGAUGUUCCUCACGGUCCAGCUGCUCCUGGGCCAGAGAUGUAGCCUGAAGGUGUCGGGGCGACAGAGCGUGGCCAUGCCGAAGAAGCUGGUGUCCGAGCGGCUGCGGGCACCUGAGGAGCAGCGGCACCUGCUCUUCCGCGGCCAGCUUCUGGCGGAUGACAAGCAUCUCUCCGACUACUGCAUUGGGCCCAAUGCCUCCACCAAUGUCAUUGUGCGGCCCCUGGAGAAGACGGUGCCCGAGGAGGCCCACCAGCCCCAGCCCCUGUGGCACCACCUGGGCCAGGUCCUAGCCAAACACUUUGGGCCCCAGGACACCGAGGCAGUGCUGCAGUUGCUGAGGCGGGAGCACAAGGAACGCCUGCAGAGGAUAAGCCUGGGGGAGCUGGAGCGGCUGGCGCACCACCUCCUGAGCGAGGAGCCGCUCACGGAGCCCACGGGGGAGAGGGACCCUGAGGUUCAGAGACCCGGAGACAAGGAGGGAGAGGAGGAGGCCAAGCAGUAAACCGGCCAUCCUACUCGUUUGCACGCUCAAAUUCGCCCAGCCUCAUCCUUAAGUGCUCCCUGGUGACUCCCCACUAGUUCCUGCUGAUGUACGGGCAUCUUCACCCCUUUCUGAAAUUUCAAAGUAACUGGAGGGAUUUUGGACCCCUGUCUCCUCUCUUGGGCCUGUGGUUUCCCCUCUGAAACACAGAAUGAUCCCCUCCCCAUCACCAUCCCCUAGAAGGGGCUCUGAUUGCCCCAUGGGCAGCCUGAAAGGGGGCGCUCAAAGGCUGCUUCCCCCUUGUAGGCUGCACACUGCCUCCUGGGCAGCUGUAUGCCCAGCAGCAAGCCAGGCUGUCAGCACACCUCUGUGGCUCUAAACAGACCCUCUUUCUCC